GCAAAAGGCACAUGAAAGACUACAAGUCCCAUAAACCUGACGGGCUAAGACGCGCUUAGAGGCGUCACGUGACUGUGUUGCUUCAAGAUGGUGGCUGGGAAGGCGAGUACUGAGCUAACAGGUGGGCAGGAUUGUAUUCUGGAGCCGCUGUGCUUUCCUGAGCAGCUGACUGCUUGCAUUAAUGUCUCCUCAACGGACCAAGGCUGCCUGGUGUGCUGUGUCCUGUGCUCACACACGGCUCCUCUCUCAGAUAAAGACCAGCUCCUGAAACACCUGCUGCUGGAGCACAAGCUGGUCAUCGCUGACAUCAAACUCAUCGCUGAUUUCCCAAUGUACAUGCUUUACUGGAAGAAAAGGUUUACAGAGAAGCCUAUCACAGACUUUUGCAGCGUCAUCAAGACCAACUCUGAAGGACCUGCCGAGCUGCAGGAGUACUACUUCCUCCUGUGUGACGUUCUGCCAGAGGACCGCAUCCUUCGAGAGGAGCUCCAGCAGAAACGAUUGGAGGAGGUUCUUGAACAGCAGCAAAAGGAAAGAGACGAUACCAGCUUUCAGCGGAGCUGCAUUUUCUGCAAUGAAGAAUUUACCGGAAACAGGUCUGUGCUGCUUAACCACAUGGCCAGAGAGCACUCAUUCAGCAUCGGCCUGCCCGACAACAUCGUCUACUGCACACAGUUCCUUGAUACACUGGAGAGGAAACUGGACAAUAUGCAAUGUCUGUACUGUGAGAAAAUCUUUCGAGACAAGAUGACCUUGAAAGAUCACAUGAGAAAGAAGCAACACAGACGCAUCAACGCCAGCAAUCACGACUAUGAUCGCUUCUACGUCAUCAAUUAUUUGGAGCUGGGGAAGACCUGGGAGGAGGUACAGUCUGAGGAUGACAGGGAGCUGCUGGAGGAUGAAGAUGAUGACUGGUCUGAUUGGCAGGCUCACCCAGUGUGUGCUGUGUGUCUGUUCUGUGAGCAGCAGGAGGAAACUAUGGACAAGAUCUACACCCACAUGCAGGAAGCUCAUCAAUUUGACCUCCAUAAAUUAAAAACAGACCUCAAUUUGAAGUUUUACCAGCAAGUCAAACUCGUGAACUUCAUCCGCCGUGAGCUCCACCAGUGCCGCUGUCAUGGCUGCCAGAGGAAGUUCAAAACCAAAGAGGAAGUGGUGCAGCACCUGAAUGAGGCCGGUCAUGUGAUGCAGCUUCCAGACAGCAGACACUGGGACCAACCACAGUACUAUUUCCCGACAUACGAGAACGACGCUCUCCUCACGGCUCUGUCUGACAGCGAAAGUGAGUGUGAAGGACCUGAACAGAGCUCAGACGUCCCUGUGUUUGCAGAGGACAUCUCCAACCUGAAGGCCUUAAAGCAGAGCAGUGUGCUGAACAAACUCCUCAAGAACGUAGGCAGCACCAACUAAAAUCCAUCCAACAUGCAUAGACUUUACUGGUCUUUUGCACUGGAAAUGCUGACUUCAUGAGUAUGGUGCCUCGUUCACAACAGCAAAUAUCUGCACAAAAACAUAGCAGACUCUGUUUCUGCUGCUGUAAACUGAGAAUAAGAGAGUGAUUUUAU